AGAGGGUUUUGCUUGAUGCCUCUCCACCUUGCAUCACUCCCAGGGACACCCUUUCUCCAGCGGGUUGUGUAGGUUCCUGCAUCCUGGUACCACCAUUGCAUGUUUCUGAUCCUUCCUCCUGUCUGCAGCGCCUGGCAGCCCCACUCCCUCCUCUCUUCCUUUGUUUUUCCAUUUUGCUUUUCCUCACAAGCAAGUGAGCCAGGUGAAUGUAACCUCUAGAGAACUUGGUCUCACAAAGUUUGAGGUUUGCUUUAAAAAUUAUUUUGUUUGACUGGGAAGUGUCUUUGCAAAUCUUUAUCCUCCAUUUGCCUUUGCUCCUCUCUUUUGUAGCCUCCCUUGCUUGGCCUCAUGAAUGCCCAGCUGCCAAUUAACAUGUUUUCCCCCUGUUUCUGUUGGUGUCUUCAGCUGGUAGCGAAUCCUGAAUGAAGAGCAGCUGAGCUCACAUGCUCUGCAUUUCAGAGAGCCUUUUCAGGACUGGCUGGUGGUUUGCAGUCAUACUUGCCUGUGUUGUGGCCGGUACACCCCCCCAGCUAAGCAGCCUGAUGGUAGAACAAUACUUGGAUAGGAAGCCUUCAAAUGAGUCCUGUGUGCUGCAAAAAGUACAGUUAGUGAUUCAGCUGGAAGUGCUUUUCAGUAACGAAUCCAUGUCCUGGGCCAGGGCUGAUGUCGACUCCGUGAUUUGUCUUGUUGGAAGUGAAAGACAAUGCAAAGCCCUUUACGCAAGAGUCAAGGUCAAGGUGAUAAUUCAGAUCUCUUGGCCUCAGCCUAUUUGAGGUAAUUGCAUUCUUCCUGAGCAGUGUUUUCAACCCAUCCCUGUCAGAUACAUUGCCAUUGCUUCCUGUGCUCCAGCAGUAUGUGGGUGGCAGUGCUUCAGCCAUAUCCAAAGCAAUUCAUGCCACUGCUCGGGCUUAGAGCCUUUUGGGCCUUCUCUGAAAGAUAGUGUGGUAGAGCCAGGAAACUGGUGCAGGGUUCCAAAUGUAUGUGUAUUUACAUAUACACAUGCUACACUUACUGGGUCAUCUUUUGCUUGUAAGCUCUCCAAAAACAUAGCCUUGGUGACUAGCUGGUACAGCUUCCAGGUUAGGCGUCUCCUGGAACACCGGUGCAGGUUGACCUGCUAGCUGUGUAGGUGCAGGUGACAUUAAACACAAACUUUCCGGGUGCCCUCAUGACUGUUUUAAGGGCCAGUGCACCAGUAAGCUAGUGUGGCAGUGCCUCCCUGCAUCCUAGUGUAACGGCUGUGUUUCUGGGGGACCACCAGUGUGGCUGCCCGCAGUGCUCUGCUCACUGGUGCUAUAGCUGUGGUCGGAGCUGGGUUGUGCUGCUCGUGGUACUGCAGGGUGGUGAGCAGGGAGGGACUGCCCCUAAGCAGCUUUUGCUCAUUGUGCCUGUGGCCAGGGCAAUAUCAGACCUGGGUUUUGGGAGGCUGAUAACCGUCCUGGUUUUUAGGACCUGCUGGGCACGAGGACCUAGCAGUCCCCACACAGUGUGAUCUCCAGUAGUCUGUAAUUACAGCACUGGGAUCCUGGGGAGGAGUCUUAAUGUCUUUGUGAUGGCGUUGGCAGGCCUCUCGGAGAUUUCUAUUAAGUUGUCGUUUUCCCCCUUUGCUGUAUCCUGGGAAACGCUGCGGCAUUGGAUUUGGCUUGGUCUGUUUGGGCUGUUGAGAGCAGUGUCUCUCCAGCAGUGGAUUUGGCCCUCCCUGCCCCGGUUCCGUGUCCCUGCGGGGUGGUUUAGUAGGUGGCCUGUGGGGACACAGCCAGAGCCUGUUCUUGCAGGUAAACCAUAUGCCACUGCAUCCACUCGAGUACCAGCAAAGCCUGUGUGGUGGAGCAACAUACAGCUGCACGGGUAGAGAACAAAGCCAAGGGCACAGGAAGGCCUUUAUUUACCACUGGAAUCUUGGAUAGGAGGACGGUGGCAGCGACCUUAGCAGCCCUCUCUGAGGAACCAACCGUGCAGGCACCCGGCGUCACGUAGGGAGCUGGGGUGAUAACUGGAACCCUGGGAGGGAGUCAGCGCUGCAGCUGGAGGGGCAGCCUCAGCACUGGUGACUCAAGGCAGCUGGAACAAGCAACCUCAAGACCACGCUGCGUGUGCUGACAGCUGAGAGCUCCUUUCCUGUCUGCUUCAACCCUACAACAAGUAGCCCUGGAUGUGUGCAGCUCUUUACAAAGAUGUACAAAGCCUCACCCUUACGGCCCGAAUCCCUGCCCAGCCCAUCUCACUGCUCUGGCCUGCACUAGACUUGAGACUUUCUACAUCACAGCUGGAAAGAGGCACUUCACCAGCUCCCUCUUCCCACGCACAGCUUUGAUACCUGUGUCAUGAGCUGCUCAGGGUAACGCGACAUCCCUGGGACCUUCUCUGCUGCUCUGCGGUGUGCUGGUGACCAUUCGGGGAGGCUGCAGCCCGGCAUGUGGUACAGCUGCUGCAUCGCCCAGCCAGGGACCCCUCCUCACCCACCAUCCUGCUCUGUUGCCACCAAACUGAGACCACGGUCUGUUAAUCCUGGGUUCCCCCUGGAUGUGCUAAUGGGAAUGAAACCAUCAGGCUUCAAAACUGUGGUGCUGGCAGAUUAUGACUGCAGGGGAGCUGUGUUGCAUCUGCAAAUCUCUGUUGUGUAUCAAGGGCACAUCUGAGCAGCCCCACUGUGGAAACUGAAGAGCUGGAGAGGACGGUGCAGAGGUUCGGGUGCACACCGUGAUGGUGGGAGCCAUUCCACGGCAGCCACGCCGCUUCUGGGGGGUGCCUGGCUGGCAGGUGUCUUCAGCUAAUUGUGCCAACGACUGCCCACUGCGGGACAGGGAAGUGAAUCUGGAGCAAAGCGGGGUUCUGCUGCAGAGGGAUGCUGUGCUGCAGUGCACCCCGUAGCAGAGGGCUCACCCGGACGUCCUGAGCGAGGAGGGGGGGUACAGCUCCCACCCUCUGUCCUCACACCUUGACCUGUGGCACUUUACAGUCGUCCUCCUGCUGCUGCAUGGGCUGUUCUGACUCCGGCUCCGCUCGGAGUCCAGACAAGUAAGGCUCCAUGCGGCACAUCCACGCGGAGACAUCCCUGCCCCCGGAGCGCAGCACGGAACCCAGCCUGUCCCGGCCCAGUGGAGAGGCACCCUUGGAGCCUUCCUCACAGCGCUGCACCCACCGCAGCAUCCUCAUGGGCUACAACGAGACAGAGAUCAAGCGCCAGAAGGUUUACCAGGUCUCCAUCUUCUCCCAUCUCUCCAGCUCCUCCGAGAGCACGGAGCAGCGGGCGGGCAGCCGGCCGGCCGUCAAGAGGGGAUACCCUGAGCAGCGAACUGCCGAGGGGGGACGAGAUCCCAAACGAACUCACUGGGGUGGCGGGGGGGUGGACAGCAAGCGUGACGGGGGCCCUGGGCAGGCUCCCCUGGAUGAUGACGAUACCUUUGAGGAUGGUCUGCUGGUGGAGGAGCUGUCCCUGUGCGGCUCUGCCCAGCACUUCUCCCACAGCGGGCUGAGGGUGGUGGAGCACCGAUGUGAGUGCAGCCCCAGCCACAGCCCGAAGGCCAGCAGAGAGGACAAGUUACAGGAUGCCUCCUCUUCCUCCAGGCCCCAGCACAUUGCUAGCAGUACUUUGCACAUGAGAGACGGUUGUCCUGUCUCAUCGGGGGAUCAGCUUGCAUUCUAUGGGGAUAAGGUGGAGCAGGCUAGUGGCCACAGCUUACUUCACCGUGAUUUGCACAAUAUUGCACAAACAGCUCGGUUGGACUCUGGUGGGAAGAGAGAAAAGCCAGGGAGCAGCCCAGCUCACAGCAGCAGGGCUAGCGGAGAAGAGGAAUGGCCAGUGGUAGCCAAUGGGUGGAAGGAGCCCCCAUCUCCACAGACAGCUCUCAGCCCUGAGCCCAGCAACCUGAGCUCCCUGGAGAAGACACCCUGCGGGAGCAGCCAGCACAGCAGCAGCAGCAACUGCCCGGCCAAAAGGAAGCUGCUGCCCGCUGGUGAGGUUUUGGCUGACUCCUGCUCUGAGGACGAGAGCCUGUCUGUGCUGGCAAGGAAGAAGAGGGCCCUGCCAUGCCACCCAGUGCCCACGGCCUGCCGCAGCACGGAUGCCAAGGGGGCCCCUUUUUGGAAUCACCUGCUUCCUGCAGCCAAGAGCUCUGUGGAUUGCACUGCCAUCGGGAGGAGGCUGAAGAGUGGGCUGCGCCUCAAAUCUCGACAUCUCCGGAGCAGCCUCCGGAGGGGCACCAGGUCCUCUGCAGUGCCCUGGGCCACCACCACCGUCAGCCAUGCUCUGCUGGGCAACUUUGAGGAGUCCAUCCUGAAAGGACGCUUUGCACCGUCGGGGAGGAUCGAGGGGUUCAUGGCAGAGAUUGGUGCCAGCGGCUCCUACUGCCCCCAGCAUGUCACCCUGCCUGUUGACGUCACCUACUUCGACAUCUCCGAACACAGCGUGCCCUCGCCUUUCCUGGGAGUGAUUGACUUGGAGGCCUUGGGAAAGAAGGGUUACAGUGUCCCCAAAGCUGGAACCAUCCAAGUGACCUUAUUUAACCCCAACAAGACUGUGGUGAAGAUGUUCUUGGUGACGUACGACUUCCAGGACAUGCCAGCCAACCACAUGACCUUCCUACGUCAUCGCAUCUUCUUGGUGCCUGUGGGGGAGGAGGAAGGGGCCACCGUGGCCCCCAGAGACCCACCGGGCACUGACCCGCCCCGAAGGGUCCUCUGCUACUUGAUGCACCUAAGGUUUCACAGCUCCAAGUCGGGGAAGAUCUACCUUCACAAUGACAUCCGGCUGCUUUUCUCCCGCAAGUCAAUCGAGGUCGACUCGGGGAUCCCCUACGAACUGAAAUCCUUCACGGAGAUGCCAAGGAAUCCCUGCUACUCGCCCCGGGCCUGACCUUCUCCAUCCCCCAGGGACCCUCCAGCCCAGCACUUUGGGGAGAGAUGAGUAAAGGGCCAGCCAGCAAGCACCACCUUGAAGUAUUGCCCUCCCUGCACGCCCCCAUCCUCCGGAGCAGCAUGGACACCAUGCCCGUGCCCUGCAGCAGGGCUGGGAUCACCGAGGGGGCUUCACCAGCAGAGGCAGGGGCUGGGGAGCAGCCCUGGAAUUCCAGGGAUGUGCCCGGGCCUUCUGCCAGCACUGGUCCCAGCUUGGAGACUUUGUUGUAGCUGGCAGGGGGGGGAGUGAAGGAUUGGGCUGGGGUCUCUGCGUGAGGCUGCCCACGCUGGUCCCAGGGUCGGGAGCAGAAAGUGCGGAAGAGUUUGUAUUUAUUAGUAUUUAUUGUUGCUGGGAGUGCAGAGGGGGCAUGUGCAGAGGAUUGGAGGUGUUGUGCUUGUUCUUCCUCCCAACCCUCUUGGUGCUGGAUGAGGACCCUGGCAGCACAGGGCUGCCUGGGUUGGGGCAGGGCUGCGGGGACUGUGAGAGUAACUGGGGAUGGGACACCGGCUUGUGGAAGAAAGGGUGAUCCACCUCUCAUGCAGGGUGCACCUCCCACGUGUCCUGUUCAAAAAAUACGGAAGGGGAUUAAAGUCGAAUACACUCGAAGAAAGAUUAAGAUACAAACGAGGUCAAAUGUUGAUAACCAAAGGCUUAAGUCAGUUUAUUGCUUACAAAAGGAGAAAAGAGGGAAGCGAUAGGAAAAGCGGGGCGGGAAACGCAAAGAAGGUCUUAAGAAAAGCAAGGGAUAGUCACCACCAUGGAUCCAGCGGCGUCCCGAUGAUCCCCGUCUGCGGUGGGGAGAGCUCUGCCCUUGCCUGCCUUGUGUCUGGCUCUGCACAGCCCUGAUGGCAAGCUUUACGGUUGCUUUUCAGCAAUCCUGCUGAAGUCGGGUAGUCAGGACAACGGUACGUCCGCCGCGUAGGCUUUGGUACUCGAGCGAGGACGGCGGGAUGUGCCCCCCGUGAUGGCGCAUGCGGACACUUCUUUAGGGGGUCGUGGGUCGUCAGAUUCCCCCCCCCCAAGUGCCGUGACCAUUAACUGACCUCCAAACACGCAGGCGCGGGACCUCAAGCUGCGAUUUUUGCUGACUGCAUCAGGUCAGAAGUCGCUGCCGUUGUCAUGGUGACCGCUGGAAGAUAAGAGGCGAACAUCCUGCUUUGUCGCGUGUCUUCCAACCGCGAGGCCAGACAGAACACAGACAGCGCAAACAUCAGCCAGGGGAUGGCGAGGCAAAAGUCCUUGUCUCGGCCCUUUGCACCACAAUGUUGAGCCACAGGGAAUAUCGAUGUAGUCUUCUUCCAUGGUGGUGAUAUGAACGUAGUGAACAGAAGAGGAAAGUGAGUUUUUCAAGCGAUUUACCAUACAUUUCACUAGGCCAUUGCCAAUCAUUAAAAGUACAAUGCCAGUUAAUAUUGCUAUUCCAAUUUGUGCCAACCAUCUUCCCCAUCCAGUGAGUCCCAAGGAUCUUAGGAUGAUUGUAAUCCAUGAUCCAGUGUUCAAUCCAUCAAACCAAUCACGGGGCUGUAUCGAUUGGAACAGUUCCCCAGUCUGAUUGGCUAUUUCUUUCAUUUUAUCUUGAGGUUCCUCAAUUGAGGAGGAAGCAUUAUAAAUGGUAAUACAACAUUUGGUUUCAGACAAAUUUAACAUUCCGCAUACCCCAUUGUUCUUUUAGUAGUAACAUACCUAAGGCAAAUCUAUUUUGAAGACUCAUUAGAGAAUCUUGUUGGACUUGCAACAUUUAGUUCCCUGAAGGCAUAUUUAGUCCAAUUACUUAACACAUAUGUCUGCCAGGUGAUGUUUUCUAGUACAAAUUGGACCCAUUCCAGGGUACGAUAAGGGGCAAAUGUAUUUUCAGACAUUAAUGAUAUCGUUUGUCCUGUGGUAUGGAGACAUCACGUCGCCCUCGUCGAUGAGAUAAGUUGGUAAUGUUGAAAAUGUGACUAGGACAAAGAGAGGGAAUUCCUACACCACACUGUAGUCCGGCAUGAUAACCUAAUGUCAAAUAGGAAUAAAACUUGCCAUCUGAACACACCCAUGCUAAGCCAAAGGGGGGGGGAUAUAUACUAUUCUUACAGGAGUACCGAUCAUUAUAAUCCAUAAAAUGUACAGGAGGCUGUGAGUCAAUACGCAGCGCCUCUACUGGAUAAUGUGUAUUUGGAAUGCCACAAAUUCUCUGUAAUGAGGUACCAGCCUGGGUGGUGUUGCACCGGGUGUCAUUAUUCCUCCAUCCCAUAGAGGGGUACCCCCAGCAAGUACACAUAUCUCUUAUCAGAGUUCGUAUUCCAUACAAAAACCAGGUCUCCAGAGGAUCCCCAGGACCAUCCUCACAUGUUAUGACUCGGGUACAAUUAAAUAAAGGACUAUGCUCCCAA